CGCAACCGCGGCCGCCUGCUGUGCAUGCUGCUGCUGACCUUCCUGUUCAUGGUGCUCGAGGUGGUGGUCAGCCGGGUGACCGCGUCGCUCGCCAUGCUGUCCGACUCGUUCCACAUGCUGUCGGACGUGCUGGCGCUGCUGGUGGCGCUGGUGGCCGAGCGCUUCGCCCGGCGGACGCGCGCCACGCAGAAGAACACGUUCGGCUGGAUCCGCGCCGAGGUGAUGGGGGCGCUGGUGAACGCCAUCUUCCUCACCGGGCUGUGCUUCGCCAUCCUGCUCGAGGCCAUCGAGCGCUUCCUCGAGCCGCACGAGAUGCAGCAGCCCCUCGUCGUGCUGGGCGUCGGCCUGGCCGGGCUGCUGGUCAACGUGCUGGGGCUCUGCCUGUUCCACCACCACAGCGGCUUCGGCGGCCACGGCCACGGCCACGGCCACGGCGGCCCAUGGGGCACGUCGCUUUCAAACCCGCCGUGGCGGCGAGGUGCUGGCACAGCACCUUCCUCAGGGUGGCCGAGCCCCAGGGCAACCCUCGCGCACGCCCAGUGACGCUUAGCGCGUGACCAGGCUGCGAGGGACGCGGGCGGCCGG